UACAAAACAGCGGGCAGAGGGAAAGCAGGCCUGGCCGCGCAUGCGCCCUGACACGCCGCUUUCCCUUUUCACGUGACUUAACCAGCCAAUCAUGGCUCGCAGCGGAGAAUUUCGAACGGGCGGGAAGGAGGGGAAACAACAACAUCGCCAACGGCUCGACGCAGCAGAAGCCAAGGACGACGUCGCUGAGGAACCGAACGAGCCAAGAUCCAAAAUGGUUAGAGAAAGGUGCUUGAAGAAGUCAUUUAAAGACACCUUGGAAGAUAUCAAGGAACGAAUGAAAGAGAAGAGAAAUAAUAAAUGGGCAAAGUUGGGCAAAACAAACCAAGUUUUAACUAUCAAGGCUAAAAUUACAGACAACUCUUCUGCGCAGCUUAAAAGCUUCCAAGAAAACAAUCGUGCAUUAGCUCUGGCUUUAGAAGUGGAGAAGGGCAAACUGAAGGAAGCACAAGAUAUUAUCCUACAUUUAAAACGAGAAUAUCAGCAGCUGCAAUUUCAGGUGUUUGCCUUGCAAAGAAAGCUAGGGUUGCAACAAGAAAAAGAACACAAUGAGUCUAGAUUACUGACUGUGAAGAAGAUAAUUUCUAAAGUGGUUCGAGAUCUACUGUGUGCCAGAAAUCAUCUUAGUCCUGCAAAUGAUCAGUGUACCACAGAUUUUAAUGAGGUUUUAUGUUCAGCAGAUCUUGAAAAGCAUGAUUUCAGCAGUUUAAGAAACCAAGAUUAUAUGACACUUGUAAGACUUCCAGCAGAUGUAAGUAAACAAGAUAAAACACAUGAAACCAAAAUGCAGGAUAACAUUAAUAAGGAUGCCUCAGAUGUUAGAAAUGCAUCUGUAAUAAUGACAUCACAGACAGAUACAGGUUGGCAAAAUGAAGUCCAUUUGGACUGUGAAGGGCAAAUUGGUAAUUCCUUACCAAAAAAUGUAUCUACCCGUCGUCGCCAUUUGGGAAUUACAAGGCAAAAUGAACUGCUUAUAUGUGUCGAUGACAAUGCGAAAAUAACUGAGCAAAUAACAGAUCCUUGGCAGCAAGAUAAAACUGGACUCGAGACAAGAUUGGAGGAAAAUAAUGAACAAUGCGAAGAAACCUCUGUUUGCAAAGAGAGUACGCAUGAGAUAAACGCUGAUCAAAAUCCGGACCUGUUAGAUAUGCUGACUGAAACAAAUACAUUGACACCAGCCACAAAGCAAACUGAAUUUAAAAAUUCUGGAAAUCUUAAAACACAGAAGAGAAAACUGGAAACACUAAAAAAUGUAUCCAAGUCAAGAUCCAAGAAAAAGAGGAACCAUGUUGAAGAGCACUGUUCUAAAGAAAGAACAGAUGCAUCACUUGGUUCCAGUGAUGCUUAUGAUUUUAUGUGUGAGGAGAGUGUCCAUGUUACACCUUUCCGACAGAACAAAGAAAAUGAAAAUAAGGCUGAUGACAAAGAUUACAUAGAAGAAAAAACAGAGACAUGUAGUAGUGACUCAUCCCUUUCUGAAGAUGACUCUGAUGACAGCCUCUACCUACCUUGCAUCAAAAAAUCAAAAUCUAGAAACCAAUCAUGCUGUGAACGUGUUGUAAGCCCAGUACACAGGAGACCACGAUUAAACAAGAUGAUGAGUAAGCAACAUGAUAAAAAUCCUGACAAGGAAAACAGCAGUGCUACACAAGAUGAAAAUCGUUUGGACAAGAAAACUGUGCCAGAUGAGCCACCUUCAUCUCCCCAAGAACGUCUCCAUCUUGGCAAUAUUACCAAUGUUGCAUCUUCAUCAUCUAGCCAUACCAGAGCUGCUCACUCACUCCCCAGUUCUGAAGAAAAAUAUACUUCAAAUAAUAGACGUCGAUGUACUAUUUCUGUCAGCUACAAGGAACCAAGUAUCAAUAGGAAGCUCAGAAGAGGAGACCCUUAUACAGACACUGGUUUUCUGAAUUCUCCAAUUUUUAAAGAGAAAAAGAGCAGGAAGAGUAUUAAAAAGAAAUCACUGUCCAGAUACAAUGAAGCUUUUGUUGGCUGCCGCUAAGAUCAUUUCAAAGGACAAAAUGUGUUACAAUGGUAAAGUAUAUUGGUAAACAUCAAGAUGGAAAAAUACAUUAUUUCACCAUAAUGAUCUUCAAAGUUACAGCUUGGCAACACUUCUCUUGAUCGUCACCACAAAACACAUAGGCAGUUCAUGUAAUUCCAAGUUGUAUGUGAAGAGAUCUUGAGCAAUGUAUUAAGCGGACAAAUGUAAAAACUGUCUAUAGCAGUGGUGUCUAGCUUGUAGCUAUCCAUGUGUUGUGGACUUCAGCUCUCAGUAUUCCUUGUUGUUGGAGAAACUGGCUUCUGGGAGUUGGAGGCCCAAACAUCUGGAGGGCCACUAGGACAUUUUUGGUAUAUAGCUUUUAGUAAUUACGCCAUAAAAUUUGGGGAAGUGUUUAUACAGAGUGCAGGAAUUAUUUUUAGCUUAUAAUUUAGGUUUUAUUAACAAAUUAGUAUUAGUAUGAGUAUUCAAGUGCAGAUGUUUUAACCUUUGCUUCAAACGUAAUUGUUGAGCUUCUUAGUAGAAUCAAUUUAUAAUAUUUUUUAAACUAAAAAUGAUAAUUCUGUUUUGGCUUGGCAGUACUCUCGUUUUAGAUACUAUUCAUCUCCCACUAUUCUGAAUGUUUCAUAGUUACAGAGACAAUAGCAAAGAUCUUCUGUAAUGUUGCAAAUUGUACACCUGUCUAGAAAUAAACCACAAUGAACAUUGAGAAA